AUGGCUUCUUCCACUCGCCCUCUCGCCCCCGAGGUCCACAAGUCCGUCAACCUCCUCAUUGACAACCUCGUCAACAUCAAAGAUGAGACCGGAAGGUUCCUCAUGCCCCUUGCCGACGGUCGCAUCAUCGACACCAAGUCCUGGCACGGCUGGGAAUGGACCCACGGCAUCGGUCUGUACGGCCUGUGGAAGUACUACGAAUUGACCGGCGACGAGCGUCUCCUGAAGAUCAUCGAGGAUUGGUUCGCUGCGCGAUUCGCCGAGGGCGGAACCACCAAGAAUAUCAACACAAUGGCCGUCUUCCUCACUCUGGCGUACGUCUACGAGAAGACUGGCAACCCCACGUAUCUGCCCUGGCUGGACGCGUGGGCCGAGUGGGCGAUGCACGAUUUACCCCGCACUCGUUACGGCGGUAUGCAGCAUAUCACAUAUCUCACCGAAAACUACCAACAAUUAUGGGAUGAUACCCUGAUGAUGACCGUUAUGCCUCUCGCAAAGAUCGGCAAGCUGUUGAAUCGCCCCGAGUACGUUGCCGAGGCGAAAAAGCAGUUCCUCACGCAUAUCAAGUACCUCUUCGACACGAAGACGGGUCUCUGGUUCCACGGGUGGACGUUCGAGGAUGGCGGUCACAACUUUGCCGAUGCGCGCUGGGCUCGGGGAAAUAGUUGGGUUACAAUUGUCAUUCCGGAGAUUAUUGAGCUGUUGGAUCUGGAAGCUGCCGAUCCUCUCAGGCUACACCUGAUUGAGACCCUGGACGCUCAGUGCGAGGCCCUGCAGCGUUAUCAGUCAGAGUCGGGUGCUUGGCAUACCCUCCUGGAUCACCCUGACUCCUACCAGGAAGCCUCUGCCACCGCUGGAUUUGCCUACGGUAUCCUCAAGGCUGUGCGCAAGCGUUACAUCAGCGCCGAUUACCUCCCCGUCGCUGAGAAGGCCAUUGCUGCGGUGUUGAAGAAUAUCGAUCCCAAGGGCGAGCUCCUCAAUACUAGCUUCGGUACCGGCAUGGGUGAUUGUCUGCAGUUCUACAAGGACAUUCCUCUCACCUCUAUGCCUUAUGGUCAGGCAAUGGCUAUUAUGGCUUUGGGCGAGUACCUGCGGACUUAUCUGUAG